AUGAGCACCUCUCCAUACAAUACUUCGAGUUCAUCGAAGACAAAGAGUCAAAGCCAAUCAUUCAGCAGUUCAUAUGCUGAAAUUCAAACCCCCUCAACCUCAGGAUCAUAUUCUGCACAAAGAUUCCAUACACAGCAGCAAUUAUCUUUCCUCGUUGGUGGAAAAUCCUACCUCUUUCCCGCAGUAUUCGGCGUCUACAGAGAUGGCUCGACAAAAUUGGUUCUCUCAGAGCACCACAUAACUACACCCUUCAUGAUAAUCACUACAUCGAAUCUCUCCGACAAACCUUCAAUUACUGUCUCCUCCCCCACCGCUGUAAUGGGAACCGUCAAGUUCCAUGACUCUUCUUCCAAAACCGAUAUCGUGGUAGGCAAUACUUCAUCAACACUACAAUCAUCAGGUCUUCUCUCACCAGUCUGGGACUUUACGUACACAUUUGAUAAUGAAAGUCAAGAAGAAUUUCAAUGGAAGCGAAGCUCCGGAGAAGCAGUCGCAGGCUUAGGGGGCAGGAGUAGGGGGUCUAAACUCGUGAGGAUUUCUACUGGGGAGGUUUUGGCUGCUUGGUCACAGCCAGCUACUACGAAUAUGGAUAUGGUGGCGAAAAUUGGUUUGUUAGAUAGUGGAAGACCGCAUGGAUGGGGUGAGAGAUGGGAGGUUACGGUUGUUUUGGGUGCGAUAGCACUUAUUGAGAAGGAUAGAAGGAUUAGAGAUAAUGCUUCUGCUGCAGCGUAG